UUGUGUUUGGGGAGUGGCAAAAGGCGAGAUCUGGCCGACCUCUUCGUCUCCGACGGCGAAACGGGAAGGAGAUAGCGGGAGGCGAGGAAAAGAACAGGCGGAGGAGGAGGAGGAGGAGGGGGAAGGGGAGGAGGAUAAGGGCGGCGGGUCCGAAGGUUCCUUCUCCGGGCGGCGGUGAGUGCGAUGAUCCGUAGCUCGGAUUCGUGCGGCGCGUGAUCCCUCGGAGCUUGGAUCGCCCUCACCAUGUCCUCGUGGUUCUCGUUUUGGCGAUCCAGGAACCGCUUCUCGUUGGACGAGCUUCGAUAUCUAACAGAUCAGCUGCAAAAGGUUCAAUUUGUGAAUGAUGUCAACAAGGAUUCUGUAAUUGAAGUGUUGAGAUCCAUUGCUGAACUAGUGACAUAUGGUGACCAGCAUGAUCCCUCCAUUUUUGAGUUCUUCAUGGAGAAGCAGAUUAUGGGUGAAUUCGCACGAAUAUUGAGGAUUAGUAAGCUGGCAAAUGUUGCGCUUCAGUUGCUACAGACGAUGAGCAUUAUGAUCCAGAAUUUAAGAAAUGACCAUUCAAUUUACUACAUUUUCAGUAAUGAACACAUUAAUUACCUCAUUACAUAUUCCUUUGACUUCCGAAACGAAGAGCUAGUGUCAUACUACAUAUCCUUUUUGAGGGCAAUCAGUGGAAAAUUGAACAAGAACACAGUCUCAUUGCUUGUGAAGACUGAAAAAGAGGAAGUAGUUUUCUUUCCGCUUUAUGUUGAGGCCAUACGAUUUGCCUUUCAUGAUGAGAAUAUGGUUCGCAUUGCAGUCCGUGCUCUGACCCUGAAUGUCUAUCAUGUCGGAGAUGAAUACGUGAACAGAUAUGUCGUACGUAGCCCACAAUCUGAUUAUUUUUCAAAUAUUGUCAAACAUUUUUGUAAGCGGUGCCUCAACCUGGAUGAGAUGAUAUCUGAAACUUUGAGGAAACAAGAUGCAUCUGAUUCAAGCUCUUCAAUUCUUGAUGCUGUAGAUGAUAUUGAGGACAAUUUGUAUUACUUCAGUGAUGUUAUAUCUGCUGGAGUUCCUGACCUUGGACGAUUGCUCACUGAUAACAUAUUGCAGCUGUUGGUUUUUCCUUUGCUUCUGCCAUCAUUGAAAAAGCAAAAUGUCGGCACACGGGUAGGCACUGCAACCUCCUUGUAUCUGCUUUGCAGUAUAUUGCACAUUUUCAAAACCAAGGAUUUGGCCAGUACCAUCGCUGCAACUCUUUUCUGUCCAUUAGAGUCUUUUGUCACAAGAUCUGAAGCCACAACAAAUGGCUAUGUUCCUCAGCAGGCUGUCUCUCAGGAAUCCGAGGAUCAUGCACCUUCUUUUCUUGCUGCUCAAGUGAACAUAGAAGAUUCAGAAUGCACUUCUACUCAAACAAAUCAUUUUUCUUCACAAAGUGAAGAUUGUGGUUCACACAUCACCUUGAGGGAGCUGUUGCUAUCAUAUAUCGUUGGUGGGGAUGAGUUACAAGUUUUGGGUUCUUUAAGCCUGCUGGCUACCUUGUUGCAAACAAAAGUAGAAUUGGAUGAAACAAUGCUAGAUGGACUUGGGAUUCUUCCUCAAAGAAAGCAACAUAAGAAGCUUUUGUUGCAAGCUUUGGUAGGUGAAGAUACAGGAGAGGAACAACUAUUUUCUUCAACUAGCAUGUUGAAAGAUAAUAUAAGCACUGAACUUGAUAGAUACCUGCAAAAACUUGAGGAUGAGUAUGGUUAUCAUGCCGGAUGUGUAAUAAGCCCCAAAAUAUGUAGAUAUCAGGUGCUCGAUGCAUUAGCAAGUCUUUUCUGCAGGUCCAAUAUACCUGCAGACAUAUUAUGGCUUGGUGGUUGGCUUUUAAGACAGCUGCUUCCUCAUGGUGAGGAAGAAUUCGAUAGUCUACAUCUUAGAAGACUCAAGGAUUCAGACAAUUUGGCUACAAGCAACCUUUUGGAAGAAAUUAAGGGAGCUUGGUGUGAUGUUCUCAUACCUGUUCUUAAAGAUGAAUGGAGGAUAUGCAAAAGAGCACUUGAGGCUUCAUCACCUCCAAAAGACUCUAAAUCCAUACUCUUGUCAUCACAAAGAUAUUCUUCUGGAGGUGAAUCCUCUUUUGCUGCUGCAGAAAGAAUGCAUGAGAUAGUUAAGGUUUUUGUUCUUCAACGUCAACUUCUGGUUUUCUCGUUAGGAAGAACCUUACCUGAGCUACCUAAUCUAUAUUCUCCAGUUGAUUCUCCUGAAAUGUCUGGUGCUAAAACAUCUGUCUUGGAUGUUUUUGUGCCAAAACCUGGCUCUGAGAUUUGCUUAGACAAUACAGUACCUUGUAGAAUAGCAUUCGAGAGAGGUAAAGAACGCCACUUCUGCUUUUUAGCAAUAUCUAGGGGAACAUCCGGAUGGCUUCUUCUUGCGCAAGAAUCGCCUGUCAAACAGCAGUUGGGAAUUAUUCGUGUCACUGCACCUUUGGUUGGUUCAGAUCCGAAGAUAGAUGAAAAACAUCCCAGAUGGUUACAUUUACGGAUCCGUCCUUCAAACUCACCAUUUUUGGAUCCCUCGAAGUUUGAUUUCUUGAACAAAGGGAAGUCAAAGGUUUUGGUCGAUGGGCGAUGGACGCUAGCUUUCAAAGACGAGCAGGCUUGCAAAGCGGCAGAGUCAAUGAUAAUGGAAGAGAUAAAUGCGCAACGUGACGAGGUGGAAAGAAGAUUAAAGCCUGCACUUCAACUUGAUACACCUGGUCACACUCCAGAACAUACUACUACGGAUACAACAGAUGACUAGGUUGUUCGACAAUUCCUUGUACAUUCUAAGCGGUGGGUUGUGAAAUUAAUGUGGCUCUACAGGGUCUAAUUUGGUGCUUGUUUUCUUCACCAAGCAUGCACCACCAUUAGUGUACCAUCGGACGUUAGUUUCUCCUCCUAAAUCGCAUCAACAACAAAAAUGUAGAGUUCAAGCCAUUUGAGUUGGCGGCGGCUACAUGCCAUUCUUUGUAAAUUAGUUGUGGCAUUCUCUUUUUCCUCUAUAAUCCAUAUGUUCCAGCAUUUAUUCUUUUAACUUGCUUAAAAGGGCCAAAAUCACUUGUAAUUGUGGACUAAUAAAAUUGUUAUUUACUCGGUGCGGCUUUUAAA